AUGAGAAGUUACAGCAGCAUUUCAACCAGGGAUUUCAUGUGGAACAAUCUGACUGGCACAAUACCAAAGGAAAUCGGACACAUUACAUCGUUGAGACUCUUGCUCUUGAAUGGAAAUAAAUUAUCUGGCAGUUUACCGGAUGAGCUUGGCGACCUUACGAAUAUGAAUAGACUCCAACUAGAUGAAAACCAACUGUCAGGUUCUGUGCCAGAAUCGUUAGCGAAUAUGAUCAACGUUAGACACCUCCACAUGAACAACAACUCGUUCACUGGUCAACUUCCAUCCAAACUUUCAAACCUUUCCAAUCUUAUGCAUUUGCUUUUGGAUAACAAUAACUUAUCGGGAUAUCUUCCACCAGAAUUUUCCAAGUUACACAGUUUGGAAAUACUGCAACUUGAUAACAAUAAUUUCAGCGGGAAUGGAAUUCCUUCUACCUAUGAAAAUUUACCCAGGCUUGUAAAAUUGAGUCUGAGAAAUUGCAGCCUGGAAGGAGCUAUUCCCGAUUUAAAUUCAAUACCAAGUCUUAAAUAUUUGGAUCUUAGCUGGAAUCAGUUCACUGGGUCUAUACCGUCAAAUAAUCUUUCAACCAAUAUGACAACUGUUGAUUUGUCCCAUAACAAACUCAACGGAUCAAUUCCCCGAGGCGGAAUAUAUCCUUAUCUUCAAAGAUUAAAGAGAAAAACAAGCAUUAUUGCUGCUAUUAUAAUAGGAGCCGUUGCUGCUGUUUUAGCAAUAACCGCAAUAACCAUGCUCCUAAUUUUUAGAAGAAAUUCGAAAUACAUGCACUUGAUUUCCAGGAAACGAACGUCCUCUAAUGUAUGUAUCAAAAUAGAUGGUGUGAAAGCAUUCACUUUGAAAGAGUUGACUCACGCCACUAACAAAUUUGAUAUCUCGACUAAAGUUGGGGAAGGAGGUUAUGGAAAUGUCUAUAAGGGCAUUUUAUCUGAUGAAACAUUUGUUGUCGUUAAGCGAGCAAGAGAAAAUUCAUUACAAGGACAAAAAGAGUUCUUGACUGAGAUUGAGCUUUUAUCGAGGUUACGUCAUCGAAAUCUUGUCUCUCUAUUAGGCUACUGUAGCGAAGAAGGAGAGCAGAUGCUGAUUUAUGAAUUCAUGCCCAACGGCACACUAAGGGAAUGGAUUUCUGGUAAGAAAUUGUCCCAAAUUAUAAAUCACUUUGUAAAAUGA